ACCGCGAGGUAAUCAAUUGGACAACAGAGGGCGCCCUUCACUCACACCAUAAUCUCACACACCCUGACGACCUGUGCGUGUUGGCUAUUGCUCUUGCAUUUCCGCGUUUCGAAAAACCCGAGGAAAAUCACACUUUCGGCAUCGGUGGCAACUGUAAUUCUUCAUUCCUGUCGACUCUGGGUGCUUCACAAUGCAAGCCAUCAAAUGUGUCGUGGUUGGAGACGGAGCUGUUGGUAAGACAUGUCUGCUCAUCAGCUACACAACGAAUGCUUUUCCGGGAGAGUACAUCCCCACAGUUUUUGACAACUACUCGGCCAAUGUGAUGGUGGAUGGCAAGCCGGUCAACUUGGGAUUGUGGGAUACGGCGGGACAGGAGGACUACGACAGACUCAGGCCACUCUCCUAUCCACAGACAGAUGUCUUCCUUAUCUGCUUCUCUCUCAUGAGCCCCGCUUCUUUCGAGAACGUCCGAGCCAAGUGGAACCCAGAGGUGAACCAUCACUGCCCCAACACGCCCAUCAUCUUAGUGGGGACUAAGCUGGAUCUACGAGAUGACAAGGAAGCCACCGAGAAACUCAAGGAGAAGAGAUUGUCCCCAAUUACUUACACCCAGGGGCUACAAAUGUGUAAAGAGAUCAACGCGGUCAAGUUUCUGGAGUGCUCGGCCCUGACGCAGAAAGGCCUGAAGACAGUGUUUGACGAAGCCAUCAGAGCUGUCUUGUGUCCCCCAAAACAGCCCAAGAAAAAAGGGCCCAAAUGCAGCUUGAUAUAAAUCCCAAACCCCUUCACCUAGUCAUCAUGAAACCGGCGUGCCGUGCUUGUCUUGCAUUAGACAAAACAAACAGACCAACCCUCAAGGAAGUCCAGAGGCGUGUCGUGGGGUAGGGAUGAGGGGUGAGAGGGUAGGGUCAAGUUGUCAAACUUUUUUUUAGCAUAAUGGGGCUUCAGUCACAACUUAAUUUUUUGUAUUUUUGGUGUUUCAUGUUCAAAUUCUGUUGAACCUACAGACCUUGCUUUUUAGUUGUUACUGCAGCAUUACCUUUGAGUAUACACAAAUCAAUGAGUGAAACCAUUUCUCUAAACGAUAUUGUAUGAAAACAAUGAAAUUUGGGGUCACUUAAACAACAUUUGACCAGGGUAAGUUCUCUGACAAUUAAGCAUACGGCUGCAAAGUUGACGGCUGCACUUUUAGCAAAUCAAAUUCUGUUGGUUGUAAAGUCCCAUUGUUGAUGACCAUGCAAAAUGCCACAUCUCAAGGUUUUUUCAACUGAGUAUACACCUGGGACCCAGGUAGGAAUUAAUGUUGCAUGAAAGCAACAAGUGUGUUGCAUUGAUUGCAACAUACUUGUUGCAUUCACGCAACAUUGCAAUAUCAGAUUCAUCUGAUCGAACCUACAAAUAUUGCGCAAAUGCAUUUUGCUCUUCCACCACAAUUACUAUCAUUCCUUUUUAUAUAAUUUAUGUAAUUAGUACAAUAUAUGACCCCUUAUUAAAUACAUGAUUAACAUCACUAUUUAAAAUUUUAAUAUCUGUAAGACAUAGCAUGUGCAUGCAUUUUUCCUUUUAUAUCAAUUUUGAAAAAAUUCCCAGAGAAUCAACUACUUCAUCUUUUUCCCCCAUAGUUUUUAAAAAAAAUUGUGAAUGAAGACAUUCUCUACCUCUCCUGUUUGAAAUUUAAACUUUCACAAUAACACAAAUAUUUUUUUUAGAACCAUUGAACUUUCAACUGGGAAUUCCUGCAGUAAGUUCAAGGACCAAAUGAGUCGGAGCUUUCAAAUCGACCAUAUCAUGCGUAGAUCCAGAAGUAUCUAAUAAUACUAUAUUUUGGAAUAUAUUGGCAACACAUUUUACUUUCCACUUUUUCUCAGAACAUCGUUUGUCAUUUGUUUUAAGUAUUUUGUUUUGCCGAUGACAGUUUGAAUUCUAGUACAAGGAAUGUCUUUUGCUGCAUUUUCCCCAAUGAUGUGUCAAAUAUCAGUAAAAAAAAUUGUUUAAUCUUUCAAGUAUUGUUGUCAUGGAAACAAGUAUUUUCUUCCCGCUACAAAUUCUUCCUUGUCAUGCUGUUUGUUCAAAGGUUAUAUUCGUGGGCACAUUACAGCAACACUUUUUGCUAAUUUUUACUUUUCCAUUGUGUUUAUAACCAAUCAAACAAGGCAACGACCUUUUGUAAAAAAUAAAAAAAUAAAUAAAAAAAUUACAAAAAAAUUAAAAGUAAAUAAAAAAAUGAUAUUUCUGGAAUACCAAUACUAUAAUAAUAUCAUUGAAUGCAGGAAUUUUUAGCUUGUAGAGUUUAAUGUCUUUUUCCCCAUGUACGUGUUGUAGUGUACACCUGUUUUUCAAUCAAAAUAUAGAAAUUGAUUGGUCAUUGGUUGGUGUCGCUAUGGACUGGUGUUUUAUGCCAGGACGUCAAAAGCUUUUGCUUGUAAUGGAGUGCGUCGCGGACUUCCCAUAAUGCUUUCCAAAGAGGAGUGCGUUCCUGCAGGUCAUGUGCAGUUGGAGGUGUUGCAAAGCAUUCUGGGAAUGAAGCUCAGUGUAAAAUGUGCAACACAAGGAUAACCAUGGUAACGCUUUCUGGAAUGCUUUUUAUUUUGUAA